ACUUCCGGCAUAUACUACUCUGCUGUGUCUAUGCGGCUGUUGGCUCUAUUCAGUUAUCUCUUGUUCAGAUAUUUAUGACUUAUGGUUAUGGCUGCCAGUAGCACCCUGGUGGUCGCAGAGCCUCCUGGGUUAGAAACACAACAGCGAGAGAUUGAGAGUUUAGUUCAGAACCAGGAGCUCCGGCUGGGGGACUGUUGGUAUCUGGUGAGCAGAAGAUGGUUCGGGUUGUGGAGCGAGUACGUGAAGAGUGGCGAUCAGAACUCCCUGUUGUUUCCCGGGAAGAUCGAUAACACAGAGCUGUUUGAUGAUUUGGAUUCGUACCGGCUGAAAUUGGGGCUGGUAGAGAGUGAGGACUUCAUCCUGGUGCCUGCCGAAGCCUGGCGUAAGCUGCUGUCCUGGUACGGUAUGGUGGAUGACCAGCCUGCUCUUGAAAGGAAGGUCAUCGAUCUUCCCAGUGUGCUGAAAGUUGAGAUCUAUCCUGUGGAAAUCUUCCUGUGUCUGCACAGCGACAGGGACAACCUGGUAUCAGCCCGAUUCAGCCGAGCAGACACCAUACUCAGCAUUCAGAAGGUGAUACAGAAGGAGUUUGCUGUAGCGGAGGAUGCUGAACCACGGCUGUGGAUGAAAAGCUCUGAUAACUGUGAGAGGCUUCGAAACCUUCACAUGACUGUGCUGGAUGCCUGUCUGUGCACGGGCAUGACAGUGAUCAUGGAGCUGAGGUAUGCAGACGGCACAUGGCCCAGCUCUAGCCCAAAGACCACGAGGAAAUCCAAGGAUGAGCAGGACACGUUUCAAGGGCAACCUGGAAUGUGCGGUCUCAGUAAUCUGGGCAACACCUGCUUCAUGAACUCUGCUCUGCAGUGUUUGAGCAACACACCUCCGCUGACCGAGUACUUCCUGAGGAAUCUGUACCUGGAGGAGCUGAACUUCACUAACCCUCUGGGCAUGAAGGGAGAGAUCGCGGAGGCCUACGUCGACGUCCUCAAGCAGAUUUGGUCGGGGAAGCACUCCUUUAUUAUGCCACGUGGUUUUAAAGCUAAGUUGGGCCAUUUUGCACCCCAGUUCCUGGGUUACCAGCAGCAUGAUGCCCAUGAGCUUCUGUCCUUCCUGCUGGAUGGUCUGCACGAGGAUCUGAACCGCAUCAAGAAAAAAGAGUAUGUUGAGGUCAAGGACGCAGACGGCAGAUCAGACCAGGAAAUGGCAGACAGGGCGUGGUGUGUCCACAAGCGACGGAAUGACUCCGUGAUCGUGGACACGUUUCACGGGCUCUUAAAAUCCACACUGGUCUGCCCUGAGUGUGGAAAGGUGUCUGAGACCUUUGACCCUUUCUGUUACUUGACUGUUCCCCUGCCCGUCAGCAAGGAGAGGGUCAUGGAGGUGUUCUUUGUUUCCCUCGACCCUCUGGCCAAACCUGUGCAGUACAGAGUGGUCGUUCCCAAAACUGGCCGAGUAAUGGAUUUAUGUGUUGCUCUGUCUGAAGCCACCGAUGUCCCAGCGGAGAAGAUGGUUGUGGCAGAUGUAUUUAACCAUCGCUUCUACAGGAUCUAUCAAACCAACGAGUCUCUCAGCCUUAUACAGGAAAGAGAUGACAUCUUUUUGUACGAGCUAGACAGCAGCAGCACUGUUGAUCCGGAUGAGGAGGAGGUGCUGCUGGCCGUGUACAUGCGCGAACGCUCCAACUACAGAGACUACGGCUCAGGGGGAAACAGCUACAGCACAUCACUGUUCGGCCACCCGCUGAUGAUGGCUCUGCCUCGUGCACAGUGCACCAGAGACACCCUUUACCACCUGUUUCUCCAGCGCCUACAGCGAUAUGUGUAUCAGCCAGACCCGACAGAGGAAGUGGAGGAGGAAGAGGAAGAAGAAAACAGUAGCGAAGAGAAUGACGAAGAAGAUGAGAGAUACAAAAAUCAGACCAAUGGAUUGAGCGGCGAUGAGGCUGAGGAAGAGUCUGAGGAGGCAGGGCAAGACAGAUCGAAGACAGAGGAGCCUUCCCAGCAGAGCAGCGCCCAAUCAGAAGCGAGUCCCAGCAGCGAAGGGGAGGAGAAAGUGGAGGAGGAGGAGGAGGAGGAGGAGAUGAGCAGCGAAGUUGACCGGGGCAGCAGCACAGAGGAGGUCCAGUCAGCAUCCGGCAGCACGGACAACAACUUCCAAGACCCCAGAGACGGGGAGCAGGCGACUGCAGCAGAUACGUCUGUGAAUGAUGAGGAUGAAGAAGAAAAUGACGAAGAGUGUAGUCAAACGGUUACUCAGGCGAAAAAGAGGGUGACGGGUAGCCGACGUUAUGCUGAGAACAGAAAGAAGCCACUCUUCACCAUACAGGCUGUGAACUCCAACGGCACAGAUCGAAGCGUCACGGACGGAAACAGCGCACUUUCCUGCAGCAAUCAGCUGUAUGUGGCCAUUGACUGGGACCCUGACAUGAAAAAGAAAUAUUACGACGACUUAGAAGCCGAGAAAUAUGUAAAGGACAAUAGCAUGGCUGUCCCACAGCAGCAGACCACAGUGCAUCUGCGGUCAUGUAUCGAACUCUUCACCAAUGUGGAGAAACUCGAGGAGGAAAAUCCCUGGUACUGCCUGACUUGUAAGAAGCAACAGCCCGCCACCAAGAAGCUGGAUCUGUGGUCUCUUCCUGAGGUCCUCAUCAUCCACCUGAAACGCUUCUCUUACACAAAGUACUCCCGUGAGAAGCUGGACACCAUCGUGGACUUCCCUCUCCGAAGCCUGGACUUCUCUGACUGCCUCUUGAGGGAGACGGGGAGCGAUUCGGAGCCUCACAGCAUAUACGACCUCAUCGCUGUGUCUAACCACUUUGGCGGGCUCAGAGACGGACACUAUACCAGCUACGCCCGGAACAAGGACAACGGCCAGUGGUAUUAUUUUGACGACCAUACUGUGACCUCCGCAACAGAAGAACAAAUAGUGACCAACGCUGCCUACAUUCUGUUCUACCAGCGCCAAGACAAGAUCCGGCACCCAACUCUCACACCUCCUGAUGAUCACGAUAGCCUGGGUGGGGCAAUGAGUAUAGACUGAAACUACUCUGUUUGUAUGUUUUCUUCCCUUUUUUUUUUUUUUUUUUUUCUUUCUUGCAUUCCAUCCUUCCAUCCAUCUCCCUCUAUAUUUCUGUUCUCUUCUGCUCUCAGGUUAAUUGAGGGAAUGAUUUUAAUUCUUUUUUUUUUUUUUUUUUUUUUUGCACAAAGAAAACAAAACUUGAACCUUCUGCCUUUUCAUUGCCCAAAGCAGGAUGUGAGAGGCAGGGGCUACUCUCUCAGGCUGAUGCAAAGGCAUCAUGAGUAGGAGACUGUAAAGGCUGUAUUUAUCCCUUCAGGAGCAGCUGCGGGAACAAGUGCGUCGCUUUCGUAUGCACACGCGAGUUUACGAACUUUCCGCCACUUGCUGCUUCUUCUGAGUUAAAUAGCACAAUAAGCUGUUUUUCUUCUUCUUGCAUGACCAAAAUCUUUUGUUCAUAAAUAUGUAGAGUUACUUCAACGCCUGUCACUGGUAUGAAAGCUGCACCUCUCACUUUAUUACCUUUUAGCAAGCAAUAUUUAGACACACAAACUUCCUCUUUUUUAUCUGAUUGUACUAAAACUUCAAUUUUUUUUACAUUAAAUUAAAGAAUGACUCCAGACUUUUCAAACUAAAGACAUUUGAAUCGUAUAAACAUUUACAGCCUCACUGUACUCACUGCAAACCUGUAUUUCUCAGCCUGAAUUUGUUUGAAAGUCUAAGGGCAGUUGUUGCUUUAUAAUCGCUUUAUAAAAGACUUAGAAGCUCUCAGACUCGAAGAAUAACACACGACUGACAAGUUUUAUUGAUGCUGUUUGUAUGGUUAUUUAUCCACCUUUAAAACAGUGAAGCAAUGCAGUAAAAACCGGCUCGACGUAUAAAAGGAGCUCGGAUUUAUUACGCCGUACACCGAGACGCUCCAACCUUUUUACUUUGAGCUACAUACAAAUUCAUACGAAUGAUACACAAAUUUAUAAACAGAUGGGGUUUUUUUUUUCCCCCAUAAACGUUUAAUACGUUUAUGAUGGAUCACAAAAUGCCCUUAGACUUUACUGAUCAGCGAGAUUGAGUGCGCAUGGUGCAAUCACAUGUGUUAUAGAUGCAGUGAGUACAAAUGAAGCUUUUUAUAUUAGUACAUAUUACUCUGGAGUAUCUCUUUUGAUCUUAGGAUUCAGCAUUUAGCGGGUUUACAGAGAAACGUUUAAUGUUUUUAAAGAAACCAGCAUCACUUUGGAUUCUUCUAACCUUUGCUUCACACACAGAAUACAAUAGUCUUUCCAGUUGUAUACUUUUUUACGAAUCAUUCAUCUAAACACAUCUAAGGACUUAAGGGUUUUUCUAACGGCUUCUCACACACACACACACACACACAUCAAGCAAUUCCAACAUGUAAAAUGGUGUUUUUAUGUCAUGACUUUAUUUAAAUGCUGUACAAAACGACCCCGAGGCAUCUUUCUAAAAGCGUUAUCCAGUUCACACUGUAUCUGUGAAGCCCCAGAGUUUUCUCUUUGGUAUGGUUUUCUUUUCGUAGAUGGAGAUGAAGUACACAAGUCACACAAAUACAGCUGAUAACAGUCAUAUUUAUUUAUAUUUAUAAGCUGUAGCUGAGGUUAAAACUCAUUAGAAAGCACCAAAUGCUUGAUGUGUGUCUGUGGGGGGAAAAAGCCAGAACUCUGUCCAUGCUAAAUAUAUAUAUAUAUAUAUAUAUAUAUAAUUAUAUAUAUAUAUAUAUAUAUAUAUAAUUACACAUAAAAUGACUUUGUUCUCAACUUGGAGACAGUUUAAAAAGAUUUUAGCUUCACAUUCUUUUCUGUGUAUCCUCUGUUCUUUUUUUUUUUUUUUUUUUUUUCCCCCCUUCAUUCCCAAUGGCUUGCUUUUGCAAAUACAGGUGAACAAAUGUGCCCUCGCUACAUUCACACAAACAUGGCAGUGAUGUUCUGCUGAACUGCGUAGCAUGUUAUUCGCUGCUGAAGUUCAACUGCUGUUAACUCGGUUUUCUUUUAAAUCUUCCCUUCCCUGAUUUAUAGGGUUGUAAUUCACGGUUCAGUGUGUUUUUAAAUAAGGAUCCUUCUUUGUCUUUGCGUAUGUGCACUACACAGGGUAUACGAAAUAUUAACGCAGCGUUUGGUAUGCAUUAGAAUUUAAAUAGAGCGCCGUUAGAGAUUAAAAAUAAAGACCAGAGAGACGUAAACGAUUAGGACUGCUGUUCUUGGGUCAGUUUUUUUUUUCUGGGAAAUUUGCUUUAAAUGCUUUUCCCCCCUUAACCAAAAUGGCUAACUUUGCUAAUAACAAAUAAAACGUAUAGCACAGCUAAGUGUUGCGCACGUGACAUCCUUGACUGUAUGCUCUCGUUUUAUUCACCGUUAGCCUUUAUUUCCUUUUUUUUUUCUCUCGCCGAUAUCAGGGAUAUGUCUCAAACUGAUGCAAUAUAAUUUCUGUGAAAAUUAAAAGUCGAGUGUAUUUUUUUUAUUUUUUUUUUUAGGCGCCUUAUUUAUUUUUCUUUAUUGCCAAGAAACUGACUGACGCCGUCGAAACUUCGAGAUCUUCCAUAACGCUCUUUUGGAGAACGCGCACAGAGAAGAGGGCUAUUUUUCAGAAGAAUUUCUAUUUUUAGCACAAACGUUUAACAGCAAAGCAGGAUUAUAAAUAUUUGUCGUUUGUGUGCAAUUUGGUAAAAAGGUAAAAAUGAUUUUUAAACAUGGAUCUGUACAGUAUUUUUGUAUUGUAAUAAAUAUCUUUGAAUAUACUGAUUGAAUGCACGGGUAGAAUUCGGGAUAUAUUUUACUUUGAAAGUUGAAAUAUCUAAUUGUAUACUGAAAUUUUGAUAUGAAUAAAUGAGUUCUGUAUAUUAA